UAUGUGAGUGUGUGAAAAGUCUCUUUAUUUCACUAUUUUCAUGGUGUCCUUAAACUUAGUGUAAGCUCCUUUUGAGGGUAUUUCUCAAAAUUCAAUUCAAAAACCAUAAACAAACACAAAUCAUGAGGAAGUGUAUACUGCUUUGCUACAGAAGAAUGUUCAAGCUGAACAAAAAGAGGAAAAUAAUUUGCAGAGUAGCAUCACUUCAAAAGUACGUAAAGUCAUUUUGGAACAAAAUUGUUGGUUGUUGUAUUGGUUAUAAGUCCAUUAAGUAUAGAAAAUUGUCACACCGCCACCAUUCCUCUUCCAUCAACACCACCACCACCGCGACCCCCUCGCCAUCUGGCAGGGCGGUUUCCGCCACAUUGGAGGAUUUGGUUGCCUUGAAGAUAUGUUUAUUGGGUGAUAACCAAAUUGGCAAGACAAGUUUCUUGACAAAGUAUGUAGGAAAGGAGAGUACUUCAACAACAGGGUUAAAUCAAAUGGAUAAAAUUUUGUGUGUUAAAGGGGCAAGAAUCUCAUAUACAUUAUGGGAAGUUCAAGGUGAUGUUUCCGCAUCUACUCAGAUUUCAACAGCUUGUAAAGACUCUGUAGCAAUUUUAUUCAUGUUUGAUCUCACAAGUCGACGUACACUGAAGAGUGUAAUUAGUUGGUAUCAACAAGCACGACAAUGGAAUCAGACGGCAAUUCCAGUAUUGAUUGGGACAAAGUUUGAUGAUUUUGUGCAGUUACCAUUAGAUGUGCAAUGGACCAUUGCAAAUCAGGCAAGAGCAUAUGCAAAAGCACUGAAUGCAACCCUAUUUUUCUCAAGUGCAACAUACAACAUAAAUGUGAACAAGAUAUUCAAGUUCAUUACAGCCAAGUUAUUCAAUUUACCAUGGACAAUGGAACGUAAUCUCACCAUUGGAGAACCCAUCAUUGACUUCUAGUAAACCUGUAACUUGGACUUUGCGAAGUAUUCGGGUUGUAGAAGAGAAGAUGCACAAAUACCCCCGUGACUAGGUGUGAGAUUGACUAUGAUGGGUCGUGGGUAUAAGGAGAGAUAAAAGGUAAGCUGAAGAAGUAUCAAGAGAGAUGACUAAACAAGACAUGGCAAAUCUACGACAUAUCGAGAAUAUGACCUUCAAUAAAAAGAUACGGAGGUUGAGGAUUAAGUUGACAUGUGUAGCUUAUCGAGAACAUGACUCUGAAUAAAAAGAUAUGAAGAUUGAAGAUUAAGUUGAGGACAAAACCCUAGAAAUGAAGAUUGGGUUAAUAGGUAGUCGAGCACUAUCUUGUUCCCUUAUUUGUAUUGUUAUUUUUUUUUAUUAUUAUUAUUCUCUUGGUAUCUUAUUUUUUGAUUUGUGUUACUUAUUCUGUCUUUGACUUCAAUUAUCAUAUUAUUUGUUGCUACAAUUCUCUUCUCCACUGUUUUCAGCAUGACUUCUUUAUUAUUGUAUUUGCUUUACACACUUGAUUUUUUACAUGUUUUCCUUGAGCGGAGAUGGACUAUCAAAAACACUGUUUCUGUAUUCUCGAGGUAUGGGGUUAAAGCUGCAUACACACAAUUCUCUCCAAACCCCACCUGUCGAAUUAAUAUGUAUCUUAUUGAUCAAUUCAAAAUGCAGACGUGACUUAAAAUGUAAUAAAAACAGGAGUAGAACAAAAUAUUAUGAACUUCAGGCAUGUAGUCAUUGAAUAUAUAACGAGCAGGAACAAAGCAUUGGUCAAAAUGAACGCAACAAGAAGAGGGAAAAAAAG